AUGGCACAAACAGACAAAGAUAGCCAUUGUACUCUAGAAAACCCAGUUUUGGCGCAGACUUUCGAUGAAAUCAAAACUUCUGCUGCUGAAGAUGAAGAAAUUAUUGUUCAAAUAUACGGAAGCGCUCAAAAUACAGUUGCUAUUUCUCUUGCUUCUAUUGAAACAAAGCCAAUUACAUUCUAUGGCGAUGAUAAUUCAUUAUUAAACUUUGAUUUAGCUAAUACUACACAAAUUACUAACUUAGUCAUUAAUGGUGCUUUAGCCACAUUCAUAAACGGUACAGAAACAGCAGCUUUAAUCAAUGCUCAAGCUUUAACCAUUCUUAAUUCUUCAAUUACAGUUGGAGAUGGAAAAACAAUCAGUGUCUCUGCUUCCAAAUUCACUUUUGAUACAAAGGCCGUCCAAAACAUUGAUGAAAUUACUGUUUCCGCAGAGAUUAUCAUUAAACAAGGCACAGCUGCUCAAUUUACCAGACAAAAGUCGAUUUAUCUUACUCAGGAAGAUUCAAACUUUACAGCUUAUCUUUCCGAAAAGGAUUCUACGCUUACUUUUGAUAAUAAUAUUGUUUUUAACUUGCAAACAGCUGUUUUACCAAUCAAAUUCGCUAGCUCUAAUCUUAAUUUCAUUACUGAUAUCCAAGGCACCGCAUUUACCUUAAAUAUUGUUAAUAUUACUGAGGAAAUCAAAACAAUUAAUUUUGACAUCACAAAUGAUACGAUAAUUAGUGUUGAUUGCAAGCUAGAUACAACACCAAUCACAAUUACCAACACUGCGCCACUUACAAUCAACUCAUUGACCUCAAAUUCUCCAUUUGAAUUUAAUGUCAAAGGAACGUUAAUUGGCAAGACCACAGUUAACAAUUUAAACCUCAGAAAAUUGAAUUUGGUCGAAGAUGGCUGUAAAAUUACUUUAGAAUCGAAUCAAACAGUAAAUAUCAAAGAACUUCAAGUAACAAACAGUUCUAUCUUCGUUUCUAACAAGUAUACACCUAUAUCUGUUGAAUCUGCUGUGUUUGACUCUGUUUAUUAUUCAAAAUUUUUCAAUGAAUUUAUUCCAUUCGAAAUUUCAAAGUCAUUGACAGUAAUUGACUCAACAUUGCAGUUCUACAUACUCAACUUAAAGACAAAUGUCGCAUUUAAUUACAAAAUUGGCUUGAAAGGAACUGGGAUUUCCGUAAUUCAGUCUAAUUCAGGUAAAAUUGUAAUCAAUGCUUCGUAUUAUAAGGACGAAAUGCCAACAGAUGACGAAGUGGACCCGAUUCUCAACAAAUCAUGCAAUUUCUUUAAGACAAAAGGAACAUAUUGUUAUGAUAUCACAAUAAACCUUCCGGAAACAGGCGUGGUAGGUUUCACUAAAUCCACAAGUGUAUUAGAGAUGGGUUGCCAGAGCUCCGGAGACUCCUCUACCUUCACAUACAGAAUUGCUGAUUAUCCUUCGAGAGUUUAUCCAGUUUUCUGCUACGAGAACUGCACAGGCUUCCCAUGGGCCUUAAAGCAGGGCGAAUUCGGUUCGUACAUCACUAAAUACACUAAGAAGGCCGUUCUACAGAUUAAUUCGGACAUGGACGAUCAAAAAGCCUUCAAUUUUGAUGGAGCUGUUAAAAACAAUUUGUAUAUUGACAGCAACACGACAGAUUCAUCCUAUCCCAAAUUAUACCUGAAAGUUUCGGAUUCAACAAAAGAUUAUUUGAAUGCGAUCUAUGUUGAUAAGGUUAAGAUCAAAUUUGUUGGAUCUCCUCUUUCCAUAAACAAGGCCUACUUCAACGAUGUUGUAUUCCUUGCUGGAUCUCAAUCAGUUGGAAAAGUUGGAUAUUUACAAGUCUCUAAAAAGGCUUACGAGACAUUGCCGUCCGCGGAUCUUGUUGAUUACUUCCUGGACGUUCACUCCGAAGCAUCCAUUACCUUCGCACAAACGAAUUACGAAUUUGGUGAUUCAUAUGUUCUCCAAAAGAGAGGAGAUACCCUUCCUAUCCUUGCAUUUAACAACAACGAUGCUGUUACUGUUAAUAUUUCGUCAUCUACUUUCGAAAAUCCGCUUAGAUUUGGAUUUUUGGAGAAUCAAACAGGUCAAAGUAUCAAAUUCAAGGUCGAAGGUGACUGGCCAAAGGCAUGUCUCCUCAAUUACGUUGGUUGCAGCGUUACAAUGUCAUUUUCAACCGGAAUUUUACCAAUAUCUUUCGGAUCUGGUUGUUAUUUGACUGUUACUGCAUCCAAAGAGUUCGUAAUUGCACCAUUUACUGUCGACAACUUCGCUAUUUCGAUCGAAUCAGCAGAAAAAUCGACAAUUUCUCAAAUUACAGUAAAUGGCCAAGGAAAACUCACUUACAAGCUUACAACCAUCGAUAAGACCAUAGUUAAUGAUAAUUCCUAUGGUUUAAUUGAUGUUUUAAAGGUUAAUUCUGAUAUAGAUAUUCCAGGAACGGCAUUACUUGAUUUAGGAGAGACAGACAUAUCAGGUAUCUCCAUUAAACUGUAUGUCAUGAUCACUGAGACCUAUUCCAAGCUUGUUUACACAGGAAAACAGAUUCCGAAAGAAUUAUUUGUUGAAUUCUCUGUUUCUGAAGCAGCAUAUGGUAAUAUCUCAGCCAGUUUCUUCUCCAAUACAGCUAUGCUUGUUCAAUCCCAGAAAUCCAACCUUUCUCUCUGGACAAACAUCAUAAAACAAAAUGUCAAAAACAUAACUACGCCAAACACUCCGAUUUCCAUCGAAAUCCAGGCAGCAGAAAGCGUAAUCUACGCAGAGAUGAAAGGAUACAAGCCGCACAUCUCGUACCAGAUACUAAAUGGAACAGAAAUUGUCUGGAUCUCUCUCGGAGUCGCAGCUUUCGUCGCAAUCAUCGCUUUGGUCAUCUACUGCUGCAUAAAGUGGAACAAGAAGAGGCCUUACCAACAGUACGACGAAGAAGGUGGAAUUCUUGAUGAUAUAGAAGCAAUGGAUAACUUGAGCAGAAUUUAA